UUCUAUGAUCAAAGCAUUUAUAAAGACCUCAAAGAACUUGCAGACAUCACAUGCAUUUGUACACAACAUAAUCCUAUUAGCCUUGCCAAAAUCCUUGUUCAGUUUUCAUCAAAAAGAGGUUUCAAGCCUUUAUAUUAUAAUCAUUUUCAAGGACCAACAAUGGCUGGGCAGAUGAAACCUGUUGCGUCUUUGCUUUUGGUUCUUAAUUUCUGCAUGUAUGCUGUUGUUUUAGGCAUUGCUGGCUGGGCUAUGAACUUUGCCAUUGAUCAUGGUUUCCUCAUUGGUCCAGGAUUGGAUCUUCCAGCACAUUUCUCUCCAAUUUACUUCCCAAUAGGAAAUGCUGCCACUGGAUUCUUUGUUGUGUUUGCUCUGAUAGCAGGUGUAGUGGGAAUUGCAUCAGUUAUCUCAGGACUAAACCAUAUUCGCCAAUGGAACAUCGAUAGCUUACCAGCUGCUGCAUCUGCUGCUACUAUUGCCUGGAGUCUCACACUCCUUGCCAUGGGCUUUGCUUGGAAAGAAAUUGAACUCAACUACAGGAAUGCCAAAUUGAGAACAAUGGAGGCAUUCUUGAUAAUUCUAUCAGUUACUCAACUGGUAUACAUAGCUGCCAUACAUGGUGCUUCAUCAAGGAGAUAAAUGAAUUUUAUCGCGUGAAGUGUGUUGAUUGAUUUGUAGUUUUGUGUCCUCUUCUUUCCAGCGUCUCUAUUUGUUUUGUCAAAUGUCAUUUGUUUUUAUUCAUUCUUGUGUAUACAAAGUAGGCCAGAUUAUGGCUUUUUGUAUCCUAACUUUCUUCAGUAUUCACAUUGUAAGAAGCAAAUAAGUAAUGCACAGAUAUUAUUACC